AUGAAAAGAUUUUUUGGUGUUUCAAACAACCAACCAGCCCCAACUUUAGAUGAGGCAACAAAAAGAAUUGGUGGAAGGAUGGGACAAAUGGAUGAAAAAAUAAAUGGAUUAAAUCAAGAAUUAUUAGCAUAUGAUAAACAAAUAAAAGCAACUAGACCAGGUCCAGCACAGAAUGCAAUUAAACAAAAAGCAAUUAGAGUAUUACAACAAAAGAAAAUGUAUGAAAGACAAAGAGACCAAAUGGCAAGUACAUCAUUUAAUAUGGAGCAAACCAAGUUUGCCACAGAGUCAAUGAGAGAUACAAUUACAACAGUUUCAGCAAUGAAACAGGGUGCCAAAGACAUGAAAACACAAUUAAAACAUAUAAAAAUUGAAGAUGUAGACGAUAUGCAAGAUGAAAUGCAAGAUUUAUUAGAUUAUAACAAUGAAAUUCAAGAAUCAUUAGGUAGAGCUUAUCAAACUCCAGAUACUUUAGAUGAAUCAGAGUUGGAGGCUGAAUUAAUGUCAAUGGGUGAAGAAUUAGAAUUGGAAGCCUCAAUGCCUUCUUAUUUAAUGACACCAUCAGUUCCAACUACUGAUCCACAUCAAUCAAGUGUUGAUGAAUAUGGUUUACCUAUAGGCCAAGAAGCAUCACAACAAGUUGUUUAA